CACUCGCACAAUCUCAAUGAGGUUAGAUAAAGAAAGACAUUAAAAGGAGAAACUGUUUUACAUAAAUCAAAUCGCAAUUAAUUAGCUUUGUUUGACCAGUUGAUCCGUCGCUUUUUCAGGUGAUAGCUGUGAUAUCAAUACUCUUUAUUGUGCUUUCAACGAUUGCACUAACUCUCAACACCAUUCCUAGUAUGCAAGUAAAUGAUGAAAAGGGAAACUUCCAAGACAAUCCGCAGCUUGCUAUGGUGGAGGCUGUGUGCAUCUCGUGGUUCACUCUCGAAUACUUACUUAGGUUCAGUGCCUCACCGGAUAAAUGGAAGUUCUUCAAAGGCGGUCUUAAUGUGAUCGAUUUACUGGCGAUACUACCGUACUUCGUAUCUCUAUUCCUGGUUGAGACCAACAAAAAUGCGAACGACCAGUUCCAGGACGUGCGCAGGGUAGUGCAAAUCUUCCGUAUAAUGCGGAUCCUGAGGAUCCUGAAGUUAGCCCGCCAUUCGACUGGGUUACAGAGUCUCGGCUUCACAUUGCGUAACUCAUAUAAAGAGCUAGGGUUACUGAUGCUUUUCUUGGCAAUGGGCGUCCUCAUAUUCUCGAGUCUCGCCUAUUUUGCCGAGAAGGAGGAACCCGGGACCAAAUUCAUAAGUAUUCCAGAAACUUUUUGGUGGGCAGGCAUCACAAUGACAACCGUCGGAUACGGCGACAUCUACCCCACGACCCCGCUCGGCAAGGUGAUCGGCAGUGUGUGUUGUAUAUGUGGUGUCCUGGUAAUCGCGUUGCCCAUUCCCAUUAUCGUUAACAACUUUGCCGAAUUCUACAAGAAUCAGAUGAGACGGGAGAAAGCUAUCAAAAGGCGAGAGGCUCUUGAAAGAGCUAAACGAGAAGGCAGCAUAGUGUCUUUUCAUCACAUCAACUUGAGAGACGCUUUCGCCAAGAGUAUGGAUCUCAUCGAUGUCAUCGUCGACACCGGUAAGCGACGGACCAAUGUGUGCGCGGAAGAUAUGAUCUAUGAUCGCGUUACGUCGAUUUGUGUUUAUCGAACGAAAUUAAUUUUAUUCCAAGAUUAUUGAUUGUUAUUAACCACUUUUUU